UUUUUUUAAUUUACCACGCAACGUGGUGCAGCGUGCCACGAGUUGCAUGCCGUGCAGGGGGAUCAUGUCCCUGUCCAACCCCUUAUCCCAUGGAUUGUUGAAGGACCUUGGCAACCUCUCGGAGUUGAAACAACGAGGACUGAUUCUUGACCGUCACUUCGAGACGAUAAAGGCACAUGUGAAGGCGGGCAACUCCGUUGCGAAGGAGCGAUGGGACGCAAUCGAAAACGCAUGGGGGCUGAAGCAGACGGGUGUCUUCAACGAACAAGAGUGGAUCACGCAGAUUGAUGGAGAGGCCCAGGGUAUUACCAGCAGCAGCACCCGUCCGUCGUUUUAAACGCCACAAGAUGCGGGUGGCGCGCGAGGUGCACCGUCUUCGCACCCACCGCCUGCUACUGCUGCGGCUGCCGGGAAGAGAAAGAAAGGUCGCAGAUCGGGGGAAGCAAGCCAGGGAUCGAGCUGCCCAAGGUGUUCUAGGUGGCAACAUCAUCAACGCGUUCGCUCGUGGCAGCGGAAAACCGAUGUCUGCAUUUGGGUGCAAAAGACACGGGUUCAAACCCCGCUGCUCCCCUAAUUUUCUUCCGGAGUUGUUGUUGUUGUUGUCUUCAUAUUAAACCGUAUGUCAGUUGCUAAGGGUGUGUCUUAUCAGGCCACAAAAAUACGUAUUUGGUUACGAAACCGUAUUUUCUUGAAAUAUAUGGAGGCGUUCCUCUACAUUUCCGUAAAAGAGCAAGGCGUAUUUUUUGGGGGCUUGCUCCUUUUACUGUUCGGUGAAAAAUUUCCCGCUUUUUUGCGACUACCGGAGCAGACACCGGUCACGCGUGCUGUCUUCAUCACACCACACCUAGACAGCACCAACAACACCCCAAAGUGCUUCCCAAGGCAACUCCACUACCAUGCCUGAGCGUGGGAAGCGUCAAGAUCCCAGGGGGAUCGCAGCGCAACGCCGGGAGAAGCGCCGUCGGCGAGCUAUCGACGAGGAGGAUGU